GGCAUGGACCGCGGCGCGGGGCGCGUCCCCGGCACGGCCGGGACCGGGACGAGCGGAGCCGGGCUGGGGCUCCCGGGGAGAGGCAGCAGCAGUGAGGCUGGGUGGGAGGGAGCCCACUGUUAGGGACAGGCCGGCGCAGAGCCCAGCGUCCUCUGCACGCACAUAACACACAUAUAUAUAUAUAUAUACAUAGGUAAUAUAUAGAGGGCUCGGGCGGCGGCGAGGCCGCUGAGCGCCUCCCGACAGCGGUCCCCGGGCUCGGGCAUGGCGGUGUGGCCAUGACGGGCGCGGCGGCCGUCGGCGGUGGUCCCGGGAGGACCCGCCGGGCGGCGGGCGGCAAGGACGGGGGCCGGUCGCGGAGCGCCCAGCCGCGGGCGGCGGGCGGCGGCGGCGGCUCGGAGGAGGAGGAGCAGGAGCAGCAGCGGGACGGCGGAUCCCUCUUCCUGGUGAACAAGAGCGGCUUCCCCAUGGAUGGGCAGACCUGGGAGCGGAUGUGGGGCCACGUGGAGCGGGUGCACCCCGACGGCAGUGCCGUGGCAGCGGCCAUCCGGAGCGCCGCCCACCUGGCUCGGCCCUCAGUGCCUCCCGUGCCAAACUACAAGCUCUCCAUGUCAAUCCCAGAAUGGCUCCAGGCAAUACAGACCUACAUGAAGAUGCUGCAAUACAAUCACACAGGAACACAGUUCUUCGAGAUUAGAAAAACCAGACCUCUGAGUGGGUUAAUGGAGACAGCAAAAGAAAUGACCAGGGAGUCUUUACCUAUCAAAUGCCUUGAAGCAGUUAUCCUGGGGAUCUACUUAACCAACGGGCAGCCCUCUGUGGAACGAUUCCCCAUCAGCUUUAAAACCCACUUCUCAGGGAACUACUUUCAUCAUGUGGUGCUCGGGAUUUACUGCAAUGGCCGGUAUGGCUCGCUGGGCAUGAGCAGGCGAUCGGACCUGAUGGACAAACCUCUGACUUACCGGACUCUGAGCGACCUCAUCUUUGAGUUUGAAGACUCCUAUAAAAAGUACUUGCAUUCAGUCAAAAAGGUGAAAAUCGGCUUAUACGUCCCACAUGAACCACACAGCUUCCAGCCCAUCGAGUGGAAACAGCUCGUCCUCAACGUGUCCAAAAUGAUGCGCACGGAAGUCAGGAAGGAGCUGGAGAAGUUUGCCAGGGAUAUGAGGAUGAAGAUCCUGAAACCCUCAAGUGCCCAUUCUCCAAUGAAAGAGAGAUCACGGGGUAAGUCGUUGUCCCCGCGCCGAAGGCAAGCCAGCCCUCAGAGACGGGCCUGCAGGAGAGACAAGUCGCCUGCGGUGGUGGACAAGAAAGGAGACCUGGCUACGCUCAACGAGGUCGGCUACCAGCUCCGCAUCUAACAAAGCCAUAUGCUGGACAGAGGGCUUCCUGGUGCUUCCCGCUGCACUUUACCUGCACUCCAUUGGAAGGAAAAAAGGAAUGGGACAUUUAUGAACUU